UCUAAGUCAUAGCCUGCAUUUCUCCACUAUGGCAAAUGAAAAGGACAGGUCACCUGAUGAGCUAAAACUGAAGACUGAAGUAGGGCUGCUGGGUGGAGUGUCUCUAAUUGCAGGGGUCAUGGUUGGUUCUGGAAUCUUCAUGUCUCCUCAGUAUGUUCUGCUUUACGUUGGGAGUCCAGGUGCUAGUCUGUUAAUAUGGGCUGCUAGUGGAUUGUUGGCCAUGCUAGCUUCUUUGUGCUACGCUGAAUUAGGAACUAUUAUUCGUGAGUCUGGAGGAGAGUAUAUUUACAUCUUGCGCACUUCAGGCAAUAUCAUGGCCUUUAUAUGUGCCUUCACUAGUAACAUUGUGAUGAGACCAGCUAGCAUGAUUGCAGGGGCACUCAUCUUUGCCCAAAAUGCCCUUGCACCUUUCUAUGAUGAUUGCCUACCACCAAAUGGAGCAGUGAAAUGUUUGGCAGCCCUAGUGAUUAUGGGAUUGACAGUUGUGAACUGCUUGAAUGUGCGCUCCUCCAUCACAGUCACAGUGUUAUUCACGGCUAUGAAGGUGCUGGCACUUAUAAUAAUUUUGAUUGGAGGAAUUGUGCUACUUAUUCAAGGGGACACCUCCAACAGCCUCCAAAACUCCUUCGAUGGGACCAAACUGAGCAUCAGACCCAUAGGAAUAGCAUUCUACCAGUGUUUGUGGUCCUAUGAUGGCUGGAACACUUUAAACCAUGUUACUGAAGAGAUCAAUCAUCCUGAGGUGAACCUGCCAAGGGCCCUGAUGAUUGCUAUUCCCAUGGUAACGAUUCUGUACCUACUAGUCAAUGUCAGUUAUCUGGUUGUUAUGACACCCACAGAGAUGAUUUCAUCCAGUGCAGUAGCUGUCACUUGGGGGAAUAAAGUAUUGGGAGGAUGGGGAUGGGUGAUGUCCGUUGUUGCAGCAUUCUCAGCCUUUGGUUCUCUAAAUGGAUCUUUUUUCAGUGGAGGACGAGUGUGUUACGUAGCAGCAAGAGAGGGACACAUGCCAGACAUCCUGGCCAUGGCUCACAUGCGCAGGCGUACUCCCUCUCCAGCCCUCAUUUUCAACACAAUCAUUUCUCUUAUUGUUCUCAUUCCGGGAGACUUCCAGGCCAUAAUCAACUUCUUCAGCUUUACUGCCUGGUUCUUCUAUGGGAUGACAUUAUCAGGUCUUCUGUAUUUAAAAAUCAAGAAACCUGAACUUCCCCGGACAAUUACGGUACCCAUAAUUAUUCCCAUCCUGGUGUUGCUGGCCGCAGUGUUCCUGGUGCUGGCUCCCAUCAUUGAUGACCCUCAGAUUGAGUACCUCUAUGUGAUUCUCUUCAUACUGAGCAGCUCUGUGAUUUACAUUCCUUUCAUUCACUUCAAGCUGUUCCCGGGAUUGUUAAAUAAACUUACAGUCUUCCUACAACUUUUCCUAGAGGUGGCACCAACUGCUAAAAAUCUGUAAUGCUGAGGGAACAGGACUGUCAGAUUCAUUGCAUUUUAAAUUCAUAAUAUUAUAUCUCUCGCAAUACUAAAUGUUAUAUGUGUGAUAUAUAAAAGAGAAAAAUAAAUUAAUAAAUUAAUUCUAUUCUUCUAAUCUAUGAAAUGUAAUGAUCUAUGUAAUGAUCACUGUUUUUACUGGGUAUAAUCUGAAUAAUAAUGUUACAUAAUGUUAGUAACAUAAUGUUAAUUAGUUAAAGGGUUAGUUCACCCAAAAAUGAAAUUUCUGUCAUUAAGUACUCACCCUCAUAUCAGUCUCCUACGCAGUAGAUGCAGUGCAGCGCUUCCGUGUUCUACGUCAGAACGCUGACUCUGUAUAGGCUGGCUCCUGCGUCAGUAUCACACGCAUGCAUUGUGCUGCUCACAUGAACAGCGUCGGCCAAUACUGAGCCGGCUUUCGGACGUAAACACAGAAGCACUGCACUGCUUCAACUGAUAGGAGACUGACAGGGUGGAGAAAAAAAUUUUGAAUAAAGGUUUGUUUUUGCACACAAAAAGUAUUCUCAUCGUGUCAUAACAUUAACCACUGCAGUCACAUGGACUAUUUUAACAAUGUUUUUCCUACUUCUCUGGACCAUAAAUGUGGUAUUUUCGUUGCUUUCUAUGAGGGAUUAAAAACCUCUCAGAUUUCAUCAAAAAUAUCUUAAUUUGUGUUCCGAAGAUGAAGGAAGGACUUGAAGGUUUGGAACGACAUGAGGGUGAGUAAUUAAUGACAGAGUUUUCAUUUUUGGGUGAACUAAUCCUUUAACCACAUUAGUUAACACACAAUGAAAAAUACUUCUGAAGCAUUUAUUAAUCUUAGCUAAUAUUAAUUUCAACAUUUAAACAUUGUAUCUGUUAAUUUUAUUUAAUGGACCUGCACUAUUAACUAACAUCAACAAAGAUGAAUAAAUACAGUAACAAAAUGUA